CAAUUCAUCGCAGUGAGAUAAAAUUCCUCAACUCUCCUCGCCGAAAUCCCCGAAGACACCAUGAUCAGCGUUCUAGCUCAGGAGCGAUUGCUUGGUGCUGCACUGGGAAGCACAUUGGCGGGGAUCGUCGUAAUCGAGCAGCGCAAACGCAUUUACGAUUCGAUUUCCGAUGAGAAAUCCAAACUCGCCGCUCAAUCUAAGGUGCAUUUUUGUUUUCGUAUUUGAAACCUUAGCGACUGAUUUAAUUCACCAUUUUAUUGAUCUCUCUAACCCUAACGGAUUGUAAGUUGUUGACUUUCCUCGUUAAUUUAGGCGAAAGAAGAAAUUAAAUUUAUAGGGCUGAU